GUAAUUUUGUCAAUAAUUAGAUUGAUUUGAAAUUCAUUUACGACUUACGUAAAGCGAACAUCACUGCCGCUGCAUUGUUAGUCCAAAACCGUCUGCAAUGGAGGAACAACGGCAACUGUCUUCGCCUGAAAUGGCUAAGUUCCAACUGAAAGACACCAUUGAAGCUCUGCUGAAGUUUACCCUUACUUUAUCCAUCGAAGAAUCCCUGGAUUUAGGUUUAUCGAAGGAAUUUUGCUCUAAUCUCCUCAAGGACGACGAAGACGAUAGCACUUACCCCUCUUCAACAUCAAAUCCAGAUCUGUCGGAAGGUGUUCCUCCAUACCCCUUAUACAAGCACUUAGCAUCAGCUUUGUGCAAGUCGAUAUCCAAUAGGGCUAUUCAUAGUAUCAAAGCCAAUAUUCCCUUGAUCCAUGAAGAUUCUUCCAUGAAACAGAAAGAACACGAGUGGAACAAGAUUAUCCUGGAAAAAGGAUCUGAUCUAGUAAAUAUGCUGGAGACUGUGGGAUUUGGACUUCAUGUUCAGGAGCCCUUUUUCUCACAAAUCAAAGAUGGGAAGAAAACAAUUGAAGGAAGGUGUGCUGGUGGUGACUACAACCGUAUUGAAUCAGGAUCUUUGGUUCUCUUCAACAAAUGUUUGUUGCUUCAAGUUCAUGAUGUUCAUUACUAUGCUUCAUUUUCUGACAUGUUAGCAACUGAGGAUCUUGCUAAAGUUCUACCAGGUGUAAAAACUGUUGAAGAAGGGGUAGAAAUUUAUAGGAGGUUUUAUUCUGAAGAAAAGGAAAGGGAAAAUGGGGUUCUUGCAAUAUUUCUUACAAAACCUACAUCACAGCUUUAUGAUCAUUUGGUAGCUAUUCUUGAGGCAUUGCAUUACGAAGGUGUUACGAGGCUUUUAGGCAUUUCACACACUGUAGGAACAAUUCCCGAUGCACUUCCUCUCCCAAGAUCUUCCUUGCUCUCUGCUUUUUCAACACCACAUAAUCCAAAUGUUAAAACUUCGAUUUUGAGUGAUGGAGCUAGGGCGUUGGCUAAGCAUGUAAACAGAAGCGAUGGGAAAUUUUGGGGUUCCUUCGCCGGAAAUGAGUCUCAUAAGAAUAUGCUUGCCUUAAAUGUAAUCAAUCACUUGGUGGCCCAUUGUCGUUGGAUAAAUGCGCAUAUUAUUCCACCACAUGGGCCCGUUUUCGAGAUCCGAGUUCAUGAUGGUUAUGGUGCUCGAUGGGCCUUAAACCCGCCCAAGUUCAUUGGAUUUCUUGAGCCAUACAUGGAGGAUGGUCAUGCAAGGGGAUGGAAACAUUAAUAUUUAAUAUUAGCAAAAAAUAGACAAAUGGUUGUCAUCGUGAUAGUAAUGGAUCAAUUAAGGACGGCAAUUAAUAUUCUUUUUAGCCAACUUAAUUAAUUACAUUUUACGUUUAUGGGGACAAUUUCAUAAGAUUCUCCAAAAGCAAAAUGGAUGGAUGCAUACAAUGACUAACAAGUCGAUAUCCGUCAUCGUAAUGAAGACUUCUAUUUUGAUUUUAGGGAACCAAAAACAUUGGUCAUUUCGGUUUCUUAUGUACCCUUGAUUUAGUUUUUUGCAUUUUUUUUUUCUAUUUAUAAAUCUUUGUUUUAUAGAUUUUUAUGUUUAACGCUAGCAUGUACAUUAUAUUCUGUUUUCGUAUAUUAUCC